AGUAAAAAAAGUUUUUUGAUCGGUUUCGUAGUUUUCGUUUGGCGUUCGUUGAAAAAUGGAAAAUCAAAAGGAACAUUAUCGUCAUAUUUUGCUUUUUUAUUUUCGCAAAGGGAAAAACGCAUCGCAAGCUCAUAAAAAGUUAUGUGCUGUUUAUGGCGACGAAGCCUUAAAAGAACGGCAGUGUCAAAAUUGGUUUAACAAAUUUCGUUCUGGUGAUUUUUCACUCAAAGACGAAAAACGCUCUGGUCGUCCAGUUGAAGUUGAUGACGACCUAAUCAAAGCAAUAAUCGAUUCGGAUCGUGACAGUACAACUUGUGAGAUUGCAGAAAAGCUUCAUGUAUCACAUACAUGCAUUGAAAACCACUUAAAACAACUUGGCUAUGUUCAAAAACUCGGUACAGAGUUCCUCACGAACUGAAAGAAAAGCAUUUAACGCAACGCAUUAACAGCUGCGAUUUGCAAAAGAAACGUAAUGAAAAUGAUCCAUUUUUAAAACGACUGAUAACUGGCGAUGAAAAAUGGGUUGUUUACAACAAUAUCAAGCGGAAAAGAUCGUGGAGCAAGCCAAACCAGCUCAAACAACAUCAAAAGCUGGUAUUCAUCAAAAAAAGGUUUUGUUAUCAGUUUGGUGGGAUUACAAAGGAAUUGUCUAUUUUGAACUCUUACCACCCAACCGAACGAUCAAUUCUGUUGUCUACAUUGAACAACUAACGAAACUAAACAAUGCAGUUGAAGAAAAGCAGCCCGAAUUGACAAAUCAAAAAGAUGUUGUAUUCCAUCAUGACAAUGCAAGGCCACACACAUCUUUGGUCACUCGGCAAAAAUUAUUGGAGCUUGGUUGGGAUGUUUUGCCAUAUCCACCAUAUAGUCUUGACCUUGCACCAUCUGAUUACUUUUUAUUUCGAUCUUUACAAAACUCCUUGAAUGAGUGCUGGAAGAGCUACUCAAAGACUAGGUCCUAAAGGAGAUGGUGGUCCAGGGCAUAAAGAAGAAAGUAUUCCUGAAGCAAUGGAAGUUAGUGGGGAAACUAGUGGAGGAGAUGCAGCAGCACUCUCAUCACAAUUGGGAAGAGGUGCUAUGCGAGGUAGACGUAUGAUACCAUCAACUCCAGAAAAUAUACAAACUAGACCAGAGAAUUUAAUAACUAAACAAGGUAAUACUGGAAGUAAUGUAAUGCUACAAGCAAACUAUUUUAAAUUGCUUGCUACAACUGAUUGGUGUUUAUAUCAAUAUCGAGUUGAUUUUGCACCGGAAGAAGAUCGCACUGCGGUUCGUAAAGGAUUACUUAAACUUCAUAGAGAAAUUUUAGGAGCAUAUGUUUUUGAUGGAACUGUUAUGUAUUCUAGUAGACGUUUACAAGAUAAAAUGGAAAUUUGGUCUCGAAGGACAUCAGAUGAACACAAAAUCAGAAUUACCAUACGUCUUGUUGGAGAAAUGGAAAAAGUAGACCAACGUUAUCUUCAAUUUUUCAAUAUAAUUAUGCGAAAAUGUUUGGCUCUAUUGAAUCUUCAGCUUGUAGGACGCGAUUACUUUGAUGCACAUAGUAAAGUAGAAGUACGUGAUUUUAGAUUGGAACUUUGGCCUGGUUAUCUCACAUCUAUAAGACAACAUGAGAAAAGUAUUCUUAUGUGUGCUGAAAUCAUACAUAAAGUCAUGCGUCAGCAAACUUUAUUAGAUAUAUUAAAUGAUUGUUAUAAGCAAGAUAAGCUUGAUUAUAAGACUUCAUUUGAAAAUCAAGUUAUUGGUUUAGUUGUACUUACUGAUUACAACAAUAAUACAUAUCGUAUAUCAGAUGUGGAUUUUGAUUCAAGUCCUGAUUCAACUUUUCAAUUAAGAACCGGUGAAAAAAUAAGUUAUAGGGAAUAUUAUAGAAAUAAAUAUCAAAUUUCUAUUACCAACGCCUCUCAACCAAUGCUUGUAACGAGAUUAAAACCAAGAGAACGUCGUGCUGGUCAAGCCGAAUUGGUAUAUCUUGUUCCGGAACUUUGUCGUGCAACAGGUUUAACUGAUGCUAUGAGAGAUAAUUUUCAUUUAAUGCGUACAUUGGCAGAAUAUACACGUGUAUCUCCUGCGGCGCGUAUAGAUAAAUUAAUGGUUUUUAAUAGAAGACUUCGCGGUAAUCCAUCUAUAGUAAGAGAAUUAGAUGAAUGGAAUUUACAUCUUGAUGAAAAACUGGUUGAUGUACCAGCACGAUUUUUACAACCAGAAAAAAUUGUAUUGGGAAGUGGACGAACAGUUUCUGCGGGUCAAUUUGCUGAUUGGACCCGCGAAUUACAUAAUAAGCCAUUGUAUAAUAUUGCUCGAUUGACUAACUGGGUAGUAAUUUGCAUGGGUCGUAUGAGACGCGAUGUCGAAAGAUUCAUACAAACGCUUAAAGAAUCUGCAUCUGGAAUGGGUUUUAGAAUUGACAAUCCAAGACUUUGGGAUAUUGUUGAUGAUCGAUCCAACACUUAUUCUGAUACUCUCGAAAGAGUAAUGAGUACUAGUAAUCCAGAAUUAAUCUUUUGCGUAGUAUCGAAUAAUCGAGCCGAUAGAUAUAGUGCAAUAAAAAAGAAGUGUACUCAUGAUAGACCAGUAGCUUCACAAGUUUUCCUUGCAAAAAAUCUCACGAAUAAAGGUAUAAGAUCGAUUGCUACAAAAGUAGCAAUUCAAUUAAAUUGUAAAUUGGGUGGUGCUCCAUGGAGUGUUGAAUUACCACCGAUUAAUUUAAUGGUAGUUGGUUAUGACGUGUGUCAUGAUCCUGCUGAUAAAAGCCGUGAUUUUGGUGCAAUGGUAGCAUCAUUGGAUAGAAGCUUGACAAGAUAUUAUAGUGCAGUAGCUGCUCAUACUACAGGAGAAGAACUUUCAGAUGAGUUUGGAGAAAGUCUCGAAAAAGCUGUGCUAUGCUACAGACAAGUGAACAAAAUUUUACCCUCGCAUAUUGUGAUAUAUCGUGAUGGCGUAGGUGAGGGUCAGGUACCAUAUGUAUAUAAACAUGAAGUAGAUGAUAUAAAGGCCAAAUUAAACAAACUUUAUGGUGAUCCUAGUACUAUUAAAUUGGCAUUUGUAAUAGUUACGAAACGAAUUAAUACUCGCUUAUUUUAUAAUCAAAAUAAUCCUCCGCCUGGUACAGUAGUCGAUGAUAUUGUUACUAAUCCAUUAAGAUAUGAUUUCUUUAUUGUAUCUCAAAGUGUAAGACAGGGUACAGUGACACCAUGCGCAUACAAUGUAAUAGCUGAUUCUACUGGUUGGAAAGCCGAUCAGAUGCAAAGAAUGACUUACAAGUUAUGUCAUAUGUAUUAUAAUUGGUCUGGUACCGUUAGAGUACCUGCGCCUUGCCAAUAUGCUCACAAACUUGCUUUUUUGGUUGCACAGUUUGUGCGUCGUCCACCAUCUGCAAGGAUGCAGAGUUUAUUAUAUUAUUUGUAAUCAUUCCUUGUUCCUAAUAUACAAAUUAAGAUAUAUAGAUUAAGUAUAAAACAUAUUUUAUACAUGCAAACUGUCUUAAAAGUAUAUUUUUACAAUUUUUUGUACUAUGACAGAUAAUUUAGUUUUUGUUUUUCUUUUUUCUUUUUAAAGAAUUUAAAAAUUCUUUCUCUCUUUUUCUCUCUUUCUUUUUAUAUAUACAUAUAUAUGUAUGUAUAUAUAUGUAUGUAUGCAUAUGUAUAUAUAGAGCAAUUAUAUAUAGUAUUAAAUGAUAUUUUAUCAUUAUUUCUUCAUUUAAUUGAUAUCAGAUUAAAAAAUUGAUUAUGAAAAAA